AUGGGGAGCUCCGUGUACGACGCCACCAAGGGCUUCGCGGAGCACGAGGUGGACAUCACGGGGCUGGUGGCCAAGACCUUCUACUGGGUGUACUGCUACUCCCUGGACGACGAGAUCCCCAGCUUCAACACGGUGACCUCGUCCCAGAUGCUGGCCACGGAGCGCUCGGUGCGCACGCUGGACACCACACCCCCCAGCUUCGGUACCUUCGCCUGCGCGGAGACACCCCUCACCGAGGACAGCAUCACAGUGACUUUGAGCAUGAACGAAGCGGGCCGGGCCUACUGCAAGGUGGUGAAUCGGGGCUUCGAUGUGCCCACGCCCAAUGCAGUGAUUGCGGAAGGCUUUUAUGCGGAUGUGUCAACCACCAGUGACUUCACCAUCACCGUGAACCAGAUCACCACUGGCUUGGGCGCAACAGGCAUGGAGCCUCUGAACCGGAAGUGGGACUACGACGUCUACUGCUGGGCACAGGAUGCCGAGGGCUACCCCUACUACGGGCCCAAUGGCAUGGCCGCCUCGCAGGCGUGCCCCAACAACUACGUCACCACGCUGGACCUGACGAACCCCAACUUGCGAUUCAUCAUGGCGGAGUCCAUCUCCAACAGCCAGAUCAUCAUCACCCUGCAGGUUCCAAGCUUGCCUUUCAACGAAUGCAACGCAACCCCUUUGACCAUGGGGAAGUCUGAAGAGGGGGAGCACGGGUGCGGGAACUUUUGUGGAGGAACCGGAAGAUGCGAUCGGAACAAGAACAUACCGCAGCAGAUCACCGUUCUUAGGUACGGGGUGCAGCCAGGUCAGGCUAUCUCGAGGACCUGUUUCGAGGGCUGCUCUGCGUCAGAGAUGUCAGGGAAGCACUUCAGCGAAGAGUUUGUGAAGGCGGCCGCUGGCUUCGCGAACCCGGAAGGCGUCGCCAAGGCCUUGAUCUACGGAGGUUUGCAUGUCAGCGGAGCAGUUCCUGACUGGGACGUGGACUAUGUGUGCAAGAGAACCUUUGACAUGAUUGUGAUGAAGUGCCCCAGGGGCUACUUCAAGUGCACCAAGGCCUUCGACAGCCAAUACUUCACUUUGAACAAUCCGAAGUGCAAGGCGGCGUGGGACAAUCUGGGCGUGACCAGCAGCAAGGGUGACUACGUUUGCUCGGUGGUGGAUUGGUCUAACUUCAGGCACUGCGAUUCGCGGCAGGUGCUGUACUGCAGCCAUGCUCCAGACUGUGAGAUGGGACCAGUUUCAGACACGGCAAACGCCUCCGGAGCCAUGGCGCGGCGGCGAGCUCUGCUGCUGCUGAGCUUUCUCCUUGGGUGGCACGCCUGGUCCUUUGCCCUCCACACGAAAGCGCCGCCGGCGCGUGUGGCGCUCUGCUCUGCUGGGAGUGAAGAGCCCCCUGCCAGCGUGCGGGCGGCGAGCCUGAACCUGGCCAAGAACCUGGUGGGCUCCGGGAUCCUCUCGCUGCCUGCGGGGGUCGCCGCCUUCAGCUCCUCCAGCCGCGCCUUGCCGCUGGCCCUGGCCGUGCUGGCGCUCUGCGCCACGCUCUCCGCGUACACCUUCUACGUCAUCGGCAAGGUGUGUCAGCAGACUGAGACCUCCACCUUUGGUGCGGCCUGGGAGAAGUCUCUAAAAUCCGGCAAGUGGAUCCCGCAGUGCAUUUGCAUCUUCGAGUGCCUGGGCGGCGCAGUGGUUUAUGCCAUGGUGCUGGGCGAUGUCUUCAGCGGCCUGCUGCAAAGUGCGCCGGUGCCCGCACUCCUGGCCAGCAGAUCAACGGUGAUCCUGGUUAUCUCGGCGGUGCUUUUCCCGCUGUGCUGCUUGCGAUCCUUCGCCCAGCUGGCAAAGUUCUCCUUGCUGGGCACUUUGGCCACGACCUACGUGGUCAUCUUUGUGGUGAAGCGCUUCCUGGACGGCAGCUACGCGGCGGGGGGUGCCUUCUACACUGGGGCUAAGGCGGCCACAGGUGCCGCCAGCUUCCACAGCAUGUUGAAUCCCCAGGUGCUGGUGCUGGUGGCGCUGCUGUCCACGGCCUUUCUGGUCCACUUCAACGCGCCGCAGUUCUUCUCGGAGCUGCCGCCGGCCAAGGUCAGCUCGGAGUCGGAGGGGCGCCAGAAGCUCCGCGACUUCAGCCGGAUGUCGCUCAUCGGCUUCGGCAUCGCGUCUGUGCAGUAUGCGCUGGUGAUGUGCUUCGGGUUUCUCACCUUCGGAAAAGACGCCGCCGGGAACCUACUGCUGAACUACAGCAACCUGGACCCCUGGGCCGCCGGGGCGCGAGUGGCGGUCGGGGUGUCCAUGCUCUUCGGCUACCCCAUGCAGUUCGCAGGAUUCCGGGAUGGCAUCCUUGAGAUGAUGAAGGUGAAGAGUCUGCCCAAAGUGCGGCACCGCUUGGUCACCGCAGCCAUGCUGAGCCUCGCGGUGGGCGUGGCGCUGGUCUUCCGGGACCUGGGCUUGGUGCAGGCCGUGGAGGGUGCGCUGCUGGCGGCCUUUUUGGUCUUCCUGGCGGGGCCGCUCAUGGCGUUGCGCCUGCCCAUGGGCCGAUCCAAAGGCGCCAAGCUCGGCUUCGCGGGGCUCGUCACGCUGGGGCUCGCCUUCAUGUGCCUCUCGGUCUGGUGUGCUGCCUGGGCCACGGAUCCGGGGCUCACCAGCGCCAACUACCAGACCCCGGGGGGUGGCCGAGGGACGCUCAUCAAGGCUCAGGCGGCCAACUGUCAGGAUGUGGAUGACAUCGACGAUGGCGCGGCAGAUGGUGUGACCAGUCAAGCCGAGUACGACAGCUCUGACAACUGGAAAUACAACCAGGACUUUGACAUCAUCAUCAGUGGCCUGGCAGAAGAAACCGACUAUCCCUACAUCUACUGCUAUGCGGAGGAUGACGCUCGUCUUCAGGAUGAGCCAGACGGCCUUGGGACCACUCCAAACGUCAUGAUCUUCGACGAUGUCGUGCCUGGGCUUCACACCAGCCGUACCCUGGCGGGCCCGGACAACGUGCACACCAUCUGGGCCUCGACGGGUACAGUGCAGACCUUGGACGAGUCCCCGCCCGAGUUCACCACCUUGGCCAUCAAGGACCCCAGCGAUUUCAACGACCGCCUGGUGGUGACCUUCGCACUGAACGAGGCGGGCACCGCCUACUGCCGCGCCACGCGCAGCGACUCCGGGGAGACGGACCUCAGGAUCAACCGCAUCCUGUCCGCAAACUACUACGCCACAGUGGCCGCGGCAUCCAUCCAAGGGACCAUCACCAUCGACAAGUUGGAGUCCUCCGACACUCAGAGCCUCUACGAGGCCUCGCAGUAUGACGUGUACUGCUGGGCCAUGGACUCUGCGGUGAACACCCAGGGGCUGCCACGGCCCAACUACAUGACGCAGGACUACGUGAACACACCUGUGGGCACCACCCUGGCGCACGCGCAAACCUCGCCCAGCGGCGGGAAGACCACCUACGUCUGGGUCAAGGAUCUGACUCCUCCUGCCAUGAUCUUCGUGUCUUCGGAAGCGCUGUCAGAGGACACCGUACAGAUCACCCUACAGCUGAACGAGCCAGGCACGGUUUGGUGCAUGCCCACCCUUCCCACCGCGGACGCCACCUAUGUGGACUCGGCCGACAUCACCAGCGGGAACUUCAAGGACAAGAUCACCGGCGCAUCCAGCCCAGUGACCUUUGUGCAGUACGUUCCACAAGCUUACACUAACGUGGACUUGGAAGUGGACAAGGUGGUGAGGCGGGACUGCGCUGCACUGCGGGACAUGUGUGCGGCGUUUCUGGCGCGGGAGUCCUUGUACAACAUCUUCUGCUUCGCUUCAGAUGACUGGGACUUCGAGGCGACGGGUGCGGCGCAGCAGUCCAUCAACUUUCAGUCCGGAAACGUGGGGCCGCCCAACGAGGCCCGGGACCGUCGUCGCGAGGUGGGCCAGGUGAUCACCUUGGACCUCACGCCACCGACCAUUCAGAUCAAUGGGGUCAGCACCACGGAGGACACCAUCACGGUGAACUUGGAGCUCUCCGAGACGGGCACCGCCUGGUGCCAGGCGGUGCGCCAUGGCUUCAACGCCCGGGAGCCCCAGCGGCUGGUUGACGUGCCAACCAUCCUGGAGAUCCUCGACAGCAACUUCACCACGGAGUACUACCAUUAUAGCCCAACAACCGUUCCUGUGGACGUGGUGAUCUUGGGCUAUGACCGACCAAGGAACUAUGACCCCACCUACAUGACGCCUUUGCAGCUGGGCACCUACUACGACGUCUACUGCUAUGCGGACGACGACCUGUGCCAAGGCUGUAAGGUGACCAACGGGGUGUCCUUCAGCUACGUGAGUACCUCCGCCAACCAGCUGAAGGUCCGAACGCUUGACCUGACGCCUCCGCAGAUGAGGUUCAUCGCUGCUGAGUCCAUUGCCCAUGACCAGAUCAUCAUUACUCUGCAGGUGGACGAGGGGGCGAAGGUCUGGUGCGCCGCCUGGGCCACGGACCCGGUGUUGACGGCCACAGCCCAGGCCAGGCCGCCGGUGUCGGCGGAUUCGGUCGGCAGGGCUGGGGAGUGGUUGGGGGGUGGGUGUGGGGUGGGGUGGGGUGGUUGGGGUGGGGUGGUUGGGGGGUGGGGGGUGCGAGGUGGGGAGGUGAGUUGGGAGAGUUCUUAG